AUGAUCACAGAGAAUGGGACUGUAGCCAGAGACUUUCUUCUGUUGGGAUUCCCUGGGUCUCAGAACAUUCAGCUUUCUCUUUUCAUGCUUUUCCUGGUGAUGUACCUCCUCACCAUUGGUGGCAAUGUCACAAUCUUGAUAUUAGUCAGUACUUCUCACCAGUUGCAUACCCCUAUGUACUUCUUCCUGAGCAACCUGUCAUUCUUGGAGAUCUGGUACACCACAGCUGCUGUCCCCAAAGCCCUGGCCAUCCUGGUGGGUAGGAGUCAGACCAUAUCAUUCUCAGGGUGUCUUUUGCAGAUGUACAUAGUUUUCUCAUUAGGCUGCACAGAAUACUUCCUCUUGGCAGCCAUGGCUUAUGACCGCUACCUUGCAAUCUGUUCUCCUCUGCACUACCAGGCUAUCAUGAACAGCCUGUUUUCAGCACAGCUGGCUCUUAUCUCCUGGAUUUGUGGUUUUCUGGCCAUUUCUGUGCCAGCAGCCCUCAUCAGCACCUUGUCUUUCUGUGGCUCCCAUGCCAUCAAUCAUUUCUUCUGUGACAUUGCACCCUGGAUUGCCCUAGCCUGUACCAGUACGGAGGCAGUGGAAACAGUGGCAUUUGUGAUUGCCUUUGUGGUUAUCCUGAGUUCCUUCCUCAUCACUUUGAUCUCUUAUGUCUACAUCAUCAGCACUAUUCUGAGGAUCCCCUCUGCCAGUGGCCGGAGUAAAGCUUUCUCCACCUGUUCCUCCCACCUCACGGUGGUGCUCAUUUGGUAUGGGUCUACGAUUUUCCUCCAUGUUCGAACUUCCAUCAAAGAUGAUUUGGAUCUGACAAAAGCUGUACAUGUCCUCAAUACAGUGGUGACCCCAGUUCUCAAUCCCUUCAUCUAUACCCUUCGUAACAAGGAAGUCAAAGAAACUCUCCUGAAGAAAUGGAGGAGAAUAUGA